AUGGAUCGUAUUAAUGUAAGUCAUUUGUCUUUUCGACGCAAAGUGAGUCACAGAAAGGAUAAACAUCGACACGAACUUUCCGAUAACAGCAGUGAGGAUAUACCUAGGAUCAAGUAUAUUAGUCAGACGGAGGCUCAGAAUAUUGACCAGGAGCUGUUUACGGAAUAUGCCUUUAGUGUUGACCAGCUUAUGGAACUUGCUGGUUAUAGCUGUGCCGUGGCAAUAGCUAAGUGUUAUCCUAUAGAAGAGAUGACGAAAGACAACCACGCGGUAUUGGUUUGUUGUGGUCCGGGAAAUAACGGAGGGGACGGUUUGGUGUGUGCGAGACAUCUUAAAAUGUUUGGCUACAAGCCGACCAUCUUCUACCCGAAGCGGCCAUCCAAACCCCUGUUCGACGCAUUGUACCAGCAAUGUGAAGGGAUGGACAUGCCUGUUUUAUCUUUCUUCCCAUCCGAAGCUCACCUUAUAACUGACUCGUACAACUUCAUAGUCGAUGCCUUGUUUGGAUUUAGCUUCAAAGCCCCCGUGAGACCUGAAUUUGAACCAGUGAUGGAGACGCUAAAAAAGGUUGAGUUGCCCAUUUGCAGCAUUGAUGUUCCUUCAGGAUGGGACGUUGAAAAAGGCGAUCCUAAUGGUCUUCAACCCGAACUGCUUAUCUCACUAACUGCUCCUAAACAAUGUGCUCGCCUGUUCAAAGGAAAGCAUCACUACCUUGGCGGGAGAUUUGUCCCUCGUACAAAAAUACGAGCUGAACCUGCCGCCUUAUCCUGGCACUGA